AUGAACCAGUGCCACGAGAUCAUCGAGGCAGACAAGGCCUACCUGGAAGAGGUGGGCAUGCGCAACAUCCUGCAGCAGUUUGUGGCCGACGCCAUGGAGAGUCGCCCCGGCAACGUCUAUGAGUACAUGAUGACGUGGGCCACGAAGGUACAGGAAUCGUCGAUUUCGUUGCUAAAGGGCAUCGGGCACAGCAGCGAGGAGGAGGAGGACCCUGCCGCCAAGACGCACCCUGCUGCCAGCGACCACCGGGAGCACGACACCUGA